AUGGAAUUGUCGCCCGAUGUGAAAGCUUCUUAUACUACCAUAAUUGAUUCUAUUCUGGCUAGUAGUGAUCUCACAACCAUAUCAGAAAAGCGCAUCCGCAGGGGCUUGCAGGAAACUACUGGCCAUGACCUAACACCUUAUAAGGCUACGCUCAAGGAGCUGAUCAUGGAGCGUUUCGACAUGUUUGCCGAGCAAUCCAACGCCAUUGCAGCUGAAUCGCAGCCCGUCACCUCCUCCGUACCCGUCGCUAAUGGUAACUCUUUGCCAUCACCGACGCAGAAGCGCAGCGCAGACCCGGAAGGCAUGCCGGAUAUAACAGACUCCUCACCACCUCCCGUGAAGAAGCGGAAAGACGAUGUGGUGGAUUCAGACGCCGCAUUUGCAGCGAAACUACAGGCUGAAGAGAAUCUACGGGCUCGGACAACGCGUGGCGCCAACUCAAGGAAGACUGGAGUGGUCAAGAAGAAACGAAAGAACACCACCAAGACCGCGAAGAAGGUGAAAGCAUCUGAUGAUUCAGACGUUGAUGGGUCUGGUGCCGAUAAUAAGAAGGAAGUGAAUCGCACAGGCGGAUUUCAUAAACCAUUGGCACUUUCACCUGCGCUAUCCGCGUUGCUUGGUGGCGAAGUUACUCUUUCGAGACCUCAGACGGUGAAAAAGGUCUGGGAGUACAUCCGCGAACAUGAGCUCCAGGACCCGAACGACCGUCGCCAGAUUCGAUGCGACGACCUCAUGCGCCCUGUUUUCAAACAGGAUCGUAUCCACAUGUUUACCAUGACCAAGGUUCUCAAUCAAAACCUCUACGAUCCGGAGGAGUGA